GGCACACCUCAUACAACGGUUGACAAAGCGGAAGAAAUCCGUGCCAGAAUUUAUUUUUGAUGGAGACUCAUCUGCAACAAGUGGUUUGGCGACGAACUCGCAGGUUCCUUCAGCGAAAAAGGCCGCCCGCAAUGUGCAAGCCGCAAAACGCCGCAAACUGGCGAGGUUAAUGUCCGAUGAUCAGGGCACGAGUUCUGAUGAUGGUGAAGAUGAUGUUGUUCCAAAAAAAUUGCUCUUGGCAGAGCAGCAAAAAAAAUGCAGCCCUGUGUCGGAAGCUGGCAGCACUCCGAAAAGAAAAAGAUGAGCUGCAAGCACGUCACGACCGCCUGGAGGACCACCUUCUCAACAAACUGGAUUCCUGGUUCACAGCAACUUGCCAACGUUGUUGCAAGGAAAACAGUGUACCUUGCCCGAAUGCCACACCUCCAAAUAUUGGUGCAGAUGACAGUGGAAGCAGCAGUACUUGCUUCCCAAAGCUCAGAGGAGUCUGACGUUGCAGUGCCAGGGGCCUCUAUUAUGCUGCAACCUGCAAAUCCACCAUCGCAGGCCGUGUGCAAUCAAGAGUCCGACAUUGCACUGCCGGCAGUUUUUGCUGAGGUUAAUGGCAAGGUACACCUAGGAAAUGGUGUGUUGGUUGACAAGGAGAGGUGGGACCUACUCCAGGGCCGUGGCCGGGACUCCCUGUUCUGCAAAGAACUGGCGAAACUGGUGUGGGGAGUCCCGGCACUCAGGGGUAGGAGCGUCACUGGGGCUCUUUGUCGCCGCUUUCUUAAGGACACCAAUGCUGUGGAAAAGCCGGCUUUAAGCCCCCAUAAAUUGCAAGCUGUAGGCAACGCAUUCGAUGCAUACCUUAGAAGAUGUGCCCCUGAGGAAGAGAAGUUGCGGCGCUCCAAAAUGAAUAGAUACCUGGCAGACAUGCUGAGGGAUCUAAAAUAAGCAUGCAAUAGUGUACACAUACAGGGUGUUUCAGCGAACACUUUCAAAAAAAUCACAGCAUAUCCACGGGGUGAAUGAUGAUGAGUGGGCGAAGCUCCGGAGGGAAUCAUCGGAUCUCCCGCUUAAGGGGAUGCUAGCACAAACGCGUUAGAAAUGUGCAGUACUCGCUAGUAAGGUGGAGCGGCCACAGCGUCUUACGCAGCCAUUUACACAUGCCGGAACGUGCACCGCGUUUGCCGACGCCAUCACAUGACUGCUGAGAUAGUAUACCCCCCGUAUUCAUAAACGCUCCUCGACUUGAACUUGACUUGCCACCGCUUUGGGCAGCGCGUUCGAAAAGCGUUGAAGGUAAGGCGGAGAGGCCACAGCGUCUUACACCAGCUUCUUACACGGGCCGUAACGCGCUAGCACAAACGCGUUAGAAACGCGCUAGAAACCCGGCCUUUCGUUAAUGUUGGGUAUUUAUUGCCAUCGUGGUGCGUGUGUCCAUGUCCGCUUCGUGGCGUAGUGGGCUAACGCCGCGCGCUCGGAAGCGAGGGGUCCCUGGUUCGAUUCCGUGCUACGGACACAACUUUCGGAAUUUUUUUCUCAUUUUUCUCAGACUGGUUACACACUACUACAACGACGAGGACGAACGGGUGCCGCUAUAAGGAGCUUCGCCCCUAAAAAUUCUGAAAGGUUGCCUGUGGCAGAUAGCACAAUUGUAGCUCAUGAGCUGGUCUACUCGAUGAGGCGAACAUUACUUGCACAAGAAAUCUUAAGGCAUAAUCAAAUAAUUAACAGAAAUUCAGUGAUUAAGUUUAACUAAUUACCUGAUGGCCCAUAUUGCAAUUCACAAAUUGUAGCCGUGGAGUUCGCAAGGCGGAUACACUUGGAACGAAUUCCCGGGAUGACGCCAGUUUCGAGAUAUUAAUUCCCGAAUAUUGCGGAGAAAUGCAUUGGCGUUCCAGUUGGGUUCUUAACAAAACAUCGCUUUAUGCAUUGAAGCACAAAAUUAACUGGAACGCCAAUGCAUUUCUCCGCAAAGUUCGGGAAUUAUCUCGAUACUGGUGUCAUCCUGAGAAUUAAUUCUAAGUGGAUCCGCCUUGCGAACUCCUCAGCUACAAUUCGUAAAUUGCAAUAUGGGCCAUAAGGUAAUUAGUUAAAAACUUAAUUAGUGAAUUUUUGUUAAUUAGUCGAUUAUGCAUUUCAAUUUUUUGUGCAAGUAAUCUCCGCCUCUUCGAGUAGACCAGCUCAUUAACUAGAAUUGGGCUGUCCGCCACAGGCACCCUUAAAUAAAUUUUGAAAGUGUUCGCUGAAACACCUUGUAUAUGUAAAUGCAGUAAACCUCCUUAAUUUGAAGUUGUAGGGGCCAUGGAAAAUCUCAGGAUUAAGCAAACAAUAAUACGAUCCAGACUAAGAUUUAAUUACAAUUUUUUGUUGCUACUUUUCUUUGCUACAAUGUGGUACUUUUAUUUGACGAAUUUUGGAUUACUGAAAGUAAUCAGUGAUGCUGGUUUGUCGCAUCCAGUAGUUCGUGGUUUUGAGGGUAAUGUUUGCCAGCAGGCCAACUACCGUAUUUACUUGCAUAAUGACCGCAUCCCUGAACUCUGUGGCAUAAAAAUUUGUUUCCCCUCCUUCAUGCCCUGAUAACACCCCGUACGUACCGUCAUAGCAGGUAACAACGGCAUUAACGACACGUGUUCACUAUU